GAUUUUUAUCAGUAAAUUCGUCCUUUAUUCAUUCUUACUGCAUAAAAUAGCUUUAUACUAUUAGUAGAAUUUGUGCUAAAGUGAAAUGUAUACAAAUGCUUUGAAAGUUGGCUGUCGAACUACAAUGCAAGCAUGGAAAUUUAAAAACGAAUUGGGUAAAUUACGUCUUGAUUUGGCAAAAGCAAAUACCGACUUCACGCAUCAUUUAUUGAAAGCUGUCAGUUGCAAUUGUCCCGUUAACUCGACGCGAUUGAUAAAGAAGAAACAUCAAGUAAAUUUUGCUCUUCAACGGCAACGAAUACAGGAGUCACGUCCACAAUUUACCCAAAAAUUUUCAAUUCCAUUGUGUUCACGUUUGUAUUUGUAUCGUUGUUAUCGCGAAUUAACUGCGAUUGCUGUUGCUGUAAUUGCUUCAAAACAAUACCAGCUGCCUUUUGUGUUUUCAAAAAUAAAUUUUACACUUCCACCACCACUUGAAAAAUUUUUCUGCACAGAAAAUUGUCAUUUGUGUGAACAUCUGGAUAGUGCUAUAUCUUCAAAGCAGUACGUAAAACAACAAAAGCAAUUCUAUCGGGACUACUCAAGUACAUCUUUUGGAGCACCUCUUAAAUACUCUGAAGCUCCCCUCUUAGGUGAUCUUUGUCAGAAGUACGGUUUGGUUAUUGCACGCACAUCCGCCGACGUUGGUCUAAAUUACGUAGCUGGUCAUAGAUUUCAAUUUCGCAGAAAUAUGUCAACAUCAUCUCAGAAGGAGUUCGAACGUCUCCCCACCAAUGUUAUGCCGACGCACUAUGAUUUAGAGUUGAAACCAAACCUGGAGGCUUUCACUUUCGAGGGCAAAACAAGCGUAAACAUAAAGGUGUGUGACGGAACAAAAACUAUCACGCUUAAUGCUUUGGACAUCAAAAUAAAUACAGUGGAAUUGGAUAUAAAUGAUGAGAAAGUGAAACCAACCAAUAUUUCAUAUUCCACCGAUAAUGAGACUGCCACGUUAACUUUUGAUCAGGAAUUUCCGGCAGGAGCCUGUGGUGUGUUAAAAAUGUGCUUUGCUGGGGAGCUUAACGAUAAAAUGAAAGGUUUUUAUCGUAGCAAGUAUUUUACACCAGGCGGCGAAGAACGCUAUGCUGGUGUAACUCAAUUCGAAGCCACGGAUGCUAGACGUUGUUUUCCGUGUUGGGACGAACCAGCCAUCAAGGCUACUUUUGACAUAGCAUUAGUUGUGCCACAAGAUCGCGUUGCUCUGUCCAAUAUGCCUGAAGUCAAGGAAGAAAAUUUGGAGAAUAAUUUACGCCGCAUACGUUUCGAUAGAACACCGAUUAUGUCAACGUAUUUGGUGGCUGUUGUUGUUGGAGAAUAUGAUUAUGUGGAAGGUAAAUCCGAAGAUGGCAUAAUAGUGCGCGUAUUUACCCCUGUCGGUAAGAAAGAGCAGGGUCUCUUUGCGCUGGAAGUGGCUACAAAAGUAUUGCCUUAUUACAAGAGUUAUUUCAAUAUUGCAUAUCCCUUGCCAAAGAUGGAUUUGAUAGCGAUAUCCGAUUUCUCGGCUGGUGCGAUGGAGAAUUGGGGUCUUGUGACUUAUCGUGAGACCUUUGUGUUAGUCGAUCCGAAAAAUACUUCGCUUAUGCGCAAACAAUCAAUUGCAUUAACUGUUGGUCAUGAGAUAGCACAUCAAUGGUUCGGCAAUCUGGUAACCAUGGAGUGGUGGACACAUUUAUGGUUGAAUGAAGGAUACGCUUCGUUCGUGGAAUUCCUGUGUGUAAACCACCUGUUCCCUGAAUAUGACAUUUGGACGCAAUUUGUUACUGAUAUGUACACACGUGCAUUAGAGCUAGAUUCAUUGAAAAAUUCGCAUCCCAUUGAAGUACCUGUCGGUCACCCAUGUGAAAUUGAUGAGAUAUUUGACGAAAUAAGCUACAACAAAGGCGCUUCUGUCAUUCGUAUGCUUCACGAUUAUAUUGGCGAGGAGGACUUUCGUAAGGGCAUGAACAUCUAUUUAACUCGCCAUCAGUACAAGAACACAUUUACGGAAGAUUUGUGGGCUGCUUUGCAGGAGGCGAGCUCGAAGCCUGUAGCCAAAGUUAUGUCCACCUGGAUUAAGUUAAAAGGUUUUCCAGUAGUUAGUGUGGAGUCUGUACAAAAAGGUGAUAAUCAACGGUUGUUGAAGCUGGUUCAGAACAAAUUUACGGCCGAUGGUUCAACACCGGAUAGUGAUUACACCUGGGUGAUCCCAGUAACAAUUUCAACAUCUCGCGAUCCUAACAAAAUUGCCAAGACCUUUCUGUUAGAUCAGAAGUCAAUGGAAGUGGUGUUGGACGAUGUAAGCGCAAAUGAUUGGGUCAAGAUUAAUCCGGGUACAGUUGGUUUCUACCGAACGAGGUAUUCCAAAGAAAUGCUUGAGAAGUUAUUGCCAGCAGUACGUGAAAUGGUUUUACCGCCUCUUGAUCGCUUAGGAUUGAUCGAUGACAUGUUUGCUAUGGUUCAGGCAGGCCAAGCAAGUACUGCUGAAGUUUUACAACUUAUUGAUUCGUAUCGUAACGAAACCAAUUAUACUGUAUGGACUGCUAUCACAAAUUCUUUGGCAAACUUGCAUAUAUUAAUUUCUCAUACCAACUUAAUGGAACAUUUUAACCGUUAUGGAGAAAAGUUGUAUCGCCCAGUGGCGGACCGCUUGGGCUGGGAUGUGCGGGAGAAUGAGAAUCAUUUGGAUACUUUAUUGCGCAGCUUAGUUUUGUCACGUUUGGUAUCAUUCCGUUGUAAGGACGUUAUAGCAGAAGCACAAAAACGGUUUCAUGCGCACGCGAAUGGUUCUAAUCCGAUACCAGCUGAUUUGCGUUCCACUUGCUACAAAGCGGUGUUGCAAGACGGUGAUGAAACAAUUUUCAACGAAAUGUUGCAACUCUACCGUUCCACUGACUUACAUGAAGAACAGGACCGCAUUUCACGUGGGUUGGGCUGUAUUGGCAAUGUAGAUUUGUUGCGCAAAGUUAUAGAUUUUGCUAUGUCGGGAGAAGUACGUGCUCAAGAUUCUGUUUUUGUUAUUGUGGCCGUAGCAGUUAAUCCCAAAGGACGCGAUAUGGCUUGGCAGUUCUUUAAAGACAAUAAUCAAAAGUUAUUAGAGCAAUAUCAAGGUAGUUUCUUGUUAACCCGCCUUAUUAAGUAUUUGAUUGAAAAUUUCGCUUCGGAGGAGCGUGCUGUUGAGGUAGAAAAUUACUUUAAAAAUAAUCAGUUUCCCGGAACAGAACGUACUGUGUCUCAGGCCGUGGAGACCAUUCGUCUUAACGCUAAUUGGUUAAAACGUGAUCUUGAUACGUUGACUACUUACUUAAAAAAACAGUAGAAAUUUAACGAAAAACUAUCAGUUUAUAUACCUAUUUAGCCCACACAAAAUAUAUACAAAACAGUAUGAAGAAAGCUGUAGUUGCAGCACCACAAGCCAAAGCUCAUCACAAAACUACAUACAAUGCAGGAAAGCAAUUAAUCGAUCUACACUUCGAUUUGCUAAGCUGUUUACCAUCGAUAAUUUAGUAGUAUGUAAUUUAUGUAAACAAUGUAAAAUGUAUCCAGAGUGUUGGAAGAGGGUAUGCAAAAAUAGUUUUAGAAAUGUGAAGAUUUUAAUAUGUUACACGCAAGAAAUCAAAAAAUGUAAACUAAUAUUUCAUAUUUAAUUACUUCUGCUCCUAAUUUUCUGCUGCGUUUCCAGUAACUUAACUUUCUGAAUCUAGUCAGAGUUUCUACAGACGACUUUGUGAAUUAGAAUAAAAAUAUAAGAAUACUACCUUCAGUCGAAAUUUCUGCUAAAGCUUUCAAAAAGAAAAUACCUCCCUUACACUCUGUAUAUGUAUAUAUCUUUUACUUUUGGCUUGAUAUCCUUAAUUAUAUUAGUUUACUAUUGAAUACAGCGCUUAUAAUUUGUUUUGACUUUGUUAUCCAGUGCACGAUUAUAUUAGAUUAGAUGAACAUGUUCAGCUACUGUACUCACAAUUGAAGCCAUUAACACAGUAAUUCAAUUGCAUUCAUCUCUAUUGUAAAGCCGUAAAUGAAUUCGCAUUUUUUAGGUAUAAAAUUUGUAAUAUGGAAAUCGGUAUUUAUAAAUCACACAAAAUAAAUACGAAAAAUUCUUAAAACCAA